AAAAGGAUAAUUUUAAAAAAUCAACUUUUUUCAAAUGCAAUAAUUGUACUAUCAAAAAAAGUUAAAUUCCCCAAAAUGGACCAUUAUUUUGGGACGGAAGGAAUAAUAUUUAUUUGUUAUUGUCUUCCUACAUAGUGGUACCUUGAUUUAUCUUUGUAAAACAACCUAUUCUAAAAAUGGUCGAGAGAAACACUCUUGCAUCAAAAGUUGAAAUUGUUCUUAACAUCAAAGUCAUCUUCAGUCAACUCUUCCGCAAUAAUAGAGUUAAGAAAGCGAAUUCUUUUUCUUCUUCUUUUUCUUCUUCUUCUUCUUCUUCUUCUUCAUUUAAGUUUAAGUUUUUCUCAAGAUCAAAGCCAUCUUCAAUCAACCCUUCAAAUUCUACUAAAAUAGAUCUGGGUAUCCUAAUUGUGUUUCUUUAAUUUCCGCAUACAUGAAAACUAUCAUAAUUCUAAAUGUAUCUUGUAUUCGUAUCCGAUUUUCUAAUGAAUACACAAAUAGAUGGCUCCAUUUUAAAAAUAACUUUGGGCCCACAUGCAUUUCACAUCUGCUUCAUAGAUACAACAAAACUGUAUUUGAAAAUCUUUUGCAAUUAUUCUUUAAUGAAUUAAACAAAAGAUUGGAUGAACACUUUGAAUUUUCCAAUUUAUGGCAUCUUCCAGCUAGGUAUUGCACAUAAUCAUGUGCAUAAUAUAAUAUAACAACAUGAUGUUUGUCAAUAAGUUGUGGAUCUGAUGGAGCAAAUGACUCACAUACACAUAUGAUUGGAUAUAUACAUACACAUAUCUAUACUAGCGAUUGUGCACAUACGAUGCAUGAAGUGACUGUCAUCAUAUUCGAACCCACAAGUGUAAGGGUAAUAAAGGAGCCGAACAAUUAACUGUUCAAGUUUGGUUUGAAAAUUUUAACAAGUUUCAAAAUUUGUUUAAGCUUGAUUUGUUAAACUUUCAAGCCGCUCUCAAAUAAGUUUUUGUCAAGCCGAGCUCAAGUAAUUUGGUAUUUUUUUUAUAUAGUUUUAGGUUUAUCGAACUGUUUAUGUUUGGUUUGAAAACUUUAAUGCCUUUCAAAAUGUACUCAAGAUUAGCUUAUUUACUUAAUGAACCGAGUUCAAACAAGAUUUUAAUGAGUCGAACUCGAACUGUUUGGUCUGUUUAUCAUUCCUAUUCACAAGUUCAAGGUUGAGGAACCGAGUGUUAACCACUGACAGAGUAAUUACAAGUUCACUACGAAUUUUGUUAUCUAAUUUUCUUUCUCAUGAAAAAAAGCGGUAUAUGUGUUUUGUUUUCUGUUUUGUGUUUUCAUUUCGAAAAACACAUAAAGAUUAUUGGAUGAAUUAUUUUCAAAAACUGUUUGGUUGUGUUUUCACUCUUGUUCUUGAAUUACAUUCACCAAAAUACUUCAUCAGCUCAAAAAAAAAUUUAAAAUUUAAAAUUUAAAAAAAAAAAUUAAAAAAACAUAGCAUAACAAGACAAAACAAGAAGGUGUUAUAAUGCGUCACUCAAGAUUUAUACAUAUUUAUACAUAAAAAACACAUGGCAGCAUAGAGUCUAGUUGUAAGAGGUGUAACCCCGAGUGGGACCCAUAUAUAAAUAACAUAUAGCCAAUUUGGCCAACUUACUUGAAUGAAGCCAUUUUAAAAACAGUACUUAUUUUUAUUUUUAUUUUUAUUUUUGUGAACAAGUUUUAGCCCUCGCAGUCUUUCACAUGAAUUUUCUUGGUCUUCUUAUCAUAUAUUAUAAGCAGAGUUUUCUUCUAUAAGCACACACAUAUAUCCAGCCACAGAAGAGAUAAACAUACCUGCAAAUAGGAAAGAUGGUAACCAAAAAGGAUGAAGAGCGAAGCCAGGGCAGCUUGCAAGAAGAGAAUAGAGAGCCACUUCUACAAGAUCAAGAGAAGACUUCAGCUGUUAGAAAAGAUAGGCAUGAAUGGAUGGUUUACUUCAGCACCUUCGUUGCCUCAUGUGGUUCUUAUUCACUUGGAACAUGUGUGGGCUAUUCAUCGCCUGUUCAAUCUGCCAUCACAGAAGAUCUCAAUCUAUCGAUAGCAGAGUACUCAUUGUUUGGCUCCAUACUGACUUUCGGAGCGAUGGCUGGUGCAAUUACAAGUGGGCCCAUUGCUGAUUUCAUUGGUCGCAAAGGGGCAAUGAGAACGUCAAGCGCUUUCUGUGUUGCUGGCUGGCUAGCCAUUUACUUUGCUAAGGGGUCUUUAGCUCUGGACAUUGGAAGAGUAGCAACAGGAUAUGGAAUGGGAGUCUUUUCCUAUGUGGUACCUGUAUUUAUAGCUGAAAUAGCACCCAAGAAUCUGCGAGGAGCAUUGACUACCCUAAAUCAGCUCAUGAUUGUAUGUGGUGUCUCUGUUUCCUUCAUUAUUGGGACAGUGCUGUCGUGGAGAGCUUUAGCAUUAACAGGACUAAUUCCAUGUGCCAUUCUGAUUUUUGGUCUCUUUUUCAUCCCAGAGUCUCCGAGAUGGUUGGCAAAGGUGGGGCAACGAAAAGAGUUUGAAGCUGCAUUACAGAAACUGCGGGGCAAGGAUGCUGAUACAUCUCAGGAGGCAGCUGAAAUCCAAGAUUAUAUAGAAACUCUUCAACAGUUUCCAAAAGCCAAACUACUGGAUUUGUUUCAAACAAGAUACUUGUUCUCAGUCAUUAUUGCAGUUGGACUGAUGGUCUGUCAACAAUUAGGGGGAAUCAAUGGAGUCUGUUUUUAUAACACCAGUAUUUUCGAGUCAGCAGGAUUUCCUUCCAAUGUUGGAACUAUAAUCUACGCAUGCCUUCAGGUAGUUAUUACUGCACUAGGUGCAACCUUAAUAGACAAAGCUGGAAGAAAACCCCUGAUACUGGUUUCUGCAUCGGGAUUGGUCCUAGGUAGUGUACUUACGGCUAUUGCAUUCUAUCUAAAGACCUAUGAAAUAGCACCGGAGGCAUCACCCAUAUUUGCUGUAACUGGCAUACUGGUAUACAUAGGAUCAUUUUCAAUAGGAAUGGGGGCCGUUCCUUGGAUUAUAAUGUCUGAGAUAUUCCCUAUAAAUGUUAAAGGAAUUGCUGGAAGCCUAACAACAUUGGUGACUUGGAUCAUGGCAUGGUUAGCAUCCUACACUUUCAAUUAUCUCAUGAGCUGGAGCUCUUACGGUACUUUCAUUCUUUAUGGUGCGGUCAACGCAAUAGCAAUUGUGUUCGUGGUUAAGGUGGUUCCUGAAACAAAAGGGAGAACUUUGGAACAAAUACAGGCUGCCAUCAAUGGUUGAG